UAUAAAGUGGGCAAAGUCCAAAGACCGAAAACCUAUCUAGAUAGGCGGAUCGAAGAUGUCAACCUCCGUUAUCUCUUUGCUUUAUUAUGCUAUAAACGUAACUUUGUAAAGAUUAGACUGUGGUGCAUGUCUCCUGGUUCUCGCGCGCAACACUGCCAGCAGAGAAGUUAUCAUGCAGGUUGUCAGAAAGUUCACCUCACUCUAGAUCUGUGAAGCAUGGCUUUAAUAAGGCUAGUGUUUUCGAUCUGUGGGAAGCCGAUGGCAUUGCGACCAUAUGGAAGGAACAUUAGUAUAUCGUCGACCUGCGGCACCAAGGCAUCUUCUCUAGUGUACGAACAACAUGGCGACCCUGAGAAGGUCGUGGAAAAGGUAUCCGUGGACAUACCACGCGCCCUCAACCUUAAGGAUAUCCUUGUGCGCCUGCUCGUGGCUCCAGUGAACCCGGCAGAUAUUAACACGAUUCAGGGAACAUAUGGCGUCAGUCCUCCGCUCCCAGCGGUUGGUGGCAAUGAAGGUGUCGCAGAAGUUAUAGACGUGGGCGACGCCGUCAGGUUCUGUCGGCCCGGCGAUCGCGUGAUUCCGGCGAUACCGGGCUGCGGCACGUGGCGUACUCACAGCAUCAUGUUUGCCGACCAGUUGCGGAAGGUUCCGGACGGAGUGCCGGACGCGGAAGCGGCCAUGGUUGCAGUGAACGCAUGUACGGCGUACAGAAUGCUGUGCGACUAUGAACUGCUGAAACGUGACGAUGUCAUAAUGCAGAACGGCGCAAACAGCGGUGUGGGACAGAACGUGAUCCAGAUUGCUCGCGAGAUGGGACUUCUCUCCAUCAACAUCGUCCGAGACAGAGAUGACAUGGCGGACUUGAAGCGCCACCUGAUGGCACUCGGUGCAAACUACGUUUUUACAGAAGAUUCCUUUCGCAAAGAAGGGGGAGCAUUCUUCAAAAAUGAAAAGAAGCUUCGUCCCAAGCUGGCGUUUAACUGUGUCGGCGGUAAAAGCUCCACAGAGUUGAUGCGUCAUCUGGAUGAUGGAGGAAAAAUGGUCACCUAUGGUGGCAUGUCCCGUCAGCCAAUAAUAAUUCCGACGGGUGUGAUGAUUUUUAAGCGCUUAAAAGCGGAAGGAUUCUGGAUGACAAAGUGGAAUGAGGCCAACAGGGAUACAGAUCAGCAGGACAUCAUGUUUAACACUAUAUUCGGUCUAAUGAAAGAGGGUAAGCUGGUGGCUCCACCUGCUGACAGAGUGCCAUUUUCUGACUACGAGAGAGCAAUAAGUGCUGCAGUUAAACCUUACACCAGGAAACAGUUGCUGGUUCCUGAUAGCUAGUGUAGUUAGCACUUUCAGGUUGCUUGUUGUGGUAAGUAAUUUAAACUUCAACACGCAUUGCGCAUUAUCUUUGCGUAAAUGGCGCGUUUCUACGUGUAUACUUCAUAGCAUAUUUUAAUUGUGAUACUGAAAAAUUCUUAGAAAAUAAAAAACUACAGUUCUCUCUA